AUGGGAUCACGAACAACUCCAUCUAGCACUGCCACUACACCAGAAUGUACCACCGCCAUACCCGGUUCCUAUGGCUAUGUUCCACCAUCUUCGUGUAACGCGCUCUACCUCUACAACCCUUCCUUUUCCGCAGCUGUCGUCUUUACCCUUCUUUUUGUGAUCAUCAUGGGCGCAAUCUGGGAACUAGCAUCCUUCAUCUUACGCACCCUCGGCACGCGAGACCAACAGAAUGAAGCAUACGCAACUGCAUCAACAUUGCUCUUCCUACUAGCGCCACUAUGGAUCAACGCAUUCGUGUACAUAAUCGCUGGCCGACUGGUCUACUUCUUGCAUCCCAAGAAGAGACUUUGGGGUAUCAAAGCAGUGAAGAUGGUUCGGUGGUUUGUGUGGCUUGAUAUUCUUAGUUUCAUCGUCCACGCAGCCGGUGGAUUGAUAAUGAACCAAGAGGAUGGGGCGAAAGUAAUCGAGAUAGGCAAGAACGUGUACAUGAGCGGUGUGGGUAUACAGCAACUUUUCAUCUUGAUAUUUCUGGGCAUGAUUGUAAAACUUCAUGUCGAUUGGCUGACAUAUACGCUGUAUGCCGUCCUUGGGCUCAUCACGAUACGUAUCAUCUUUCGGCUCGUCGAGUUCUCGGCUGGUAUCGAUGAAUCAGUGAAUGUGCUUAUUGGGACGGAAGGCUAUGCCUUAGGAUUGGACGUCGUUCCUAUGAUGUUGGCACUUUUGCUGCUAGCGAUCGUUCAUCCAGGGUUUGUGCUAAAAGGGUCUGACAGCGAAUUUUUAUCGCGGAAGGAAAAAAGAUUGAAGGAGCAGAUAGAAAGAGACGGAACAAAUAUCACAAAGAGCUGA